AUGUCUGAAAAACUAAUUACACCUGAAUCAUCAAAAGCAGUAAUAACAUUUAAUGCAAAAUAUAUAUCAUAUAGUCAUACAUUAUUUGCAAGUCUAUCUUUUUUAGCAGCAUUAGCCGUUGGGUCAUAUUUACAUUAUCACAAGAUUGUUGAAAAUUCAUCAUUUGGAUACCCUGAUGAAUGGUUCCCUAGUGUUUCAGCAACAAUUGGUGAUAGAUAUCCUGAAAGAUCAGUAUUUCAAAUCAUUAUAGCAUUAACCGCAGGUCCAAGAUUUCUUUUGUUAAUUUUUGAUUUCAUAAGUUUAUUCAGACCAAAUUCUUCAUUACCAUAUAUUGCAUUAAUCUCAGGAGUUUUAAGAACUUUCUGUGCAGGUGGUUGGAUGUAUAUAACUUCAACUGAUGAUCAUGAUGCUCAUGAUGUAUUUAUGAUUGGAUAUAUUUUUUUGACUAUACCUUGGGAUGUCUGUAAUAUUUUGUUAUCACCAAAGGGUUCAUUUCAAAGACGUGCUCGUUUUUAUUCAUGUAUAAGCUUUUUUGGAACGAUUGUUCCUUUGAUUUAUUGGUUCAUUCAACAUAAAGUACAUGUUAGACCUGGCGCUUAUUCAGUUUAUGCAUAUUUUGAAUGGGGAUUAAUUGGAUUAGAUAUUUUAUUCGAUUCUUGGUCAUUUAUUGAUUUCAAAGAUAUUGAAAUUUCUAUAUCUGGUGAGGGUAUUAAAUUGAUUACCGGGCAAAAAAAAAAGAGCGUUCAAAAUACAUUGGCAAAAUCUGUUGAUUCUGAGCCAUCAACACCUACAACAAUAAUCGCUCCGUUGGAGUUCACGAAUUUAGAAGUUAUUUUUAAUCUUAUAAAUUCUUACAUAUAUUGGACAGUUGUUACAUCUUUAUUUUUAUGUGUCUGGUAUUUUCCGUUAUGGCAUAUGGGUCUUUCAGGAUUUGAGGCAGUUAUAAUUUCAUUAUUUUUAGCACCAUUAUUAUUAAUUCCUGAACCAAUUAGAGUAUAUCUUGCUCAAAAUCCACAGUUUACAAGAUCUUUGACGGUUAUACUAGGUAUUGGUGCUUAUAAAGUUGAAGAUCCAGAACAAAGAUUAUUGACCAUAACAGCAGGCACUGUCUUUGCUGUUGUCUCAGUGGUAAAUGAAUUUUGGGCAUUAAACAAUCAACCAAAAAAAUUAAAUUCAUAUAUUACUACUUUUUCAUUAGGUUUAUUAACUACCUCAGUUUUUAAAUUUUUAUGUUAUUCAAAUAAUCCAAUUUGGCCAAUUAUGCAUAAAGAAAAUGGGGGAUAUAAUGCAAUUGGUAUUUUUUUGGGUUUACUUGCAUCAUUUUUUACACCAGCUUUAACUACAAAAGUUGUACCAAAAUCAAAUCCUAGUGGUUCAUUUUUAUUAGGAUCUAUUGGUUUUGGAGGUUAUUAUUUUGCAUCACAAGCAUUCUUAUCAGAUUCUGGAACAUUGACUUUAUUUACAUGGGAAGGUUAUCCAAUAAAAGGUCCAACUCCAAUAACAGGUGCUUUUCCACAUCUUUUGGUUUUUGCAAUUGCAAUUUUGGUCACUUUGAAAGUACAUCCGAAUACAUUUAGUAGUUGGAGUUAUAAUUUAGUUGUUGGUGGGGGAAGCACUAUUGGUUUAUACUUACUCAAAAAUUGGUUAGGAUUUCUUGCUACUUUGAUUUACGUUUUUUAUUUGGUUUCAAUUGGACCAAUUAUUUGGCAAUCUAUAAGUGGAUAUAAUCCAGGUGCUGCUUUCUUUGUUGGUUAUUUUUUAAAUAUAGUCAUAUCAUUAGCAAGUGUUUGGAUUGUUGCAUAUGCUUUUGUUCCGGGUGGACCAUUAUUGAGGGAAAGAACUGAUAUUAUAUUGGGAGUUGCAUUGAUACUGAUUUACGCUGGUAUUGCGAACUACAAAUUUAGAAUUAAUGAUAUAACCAAAAUUAAUUUUUACAGUAAAAGAACUUACAAACAAAUUUCAACCAUCAUAACAAUACUUCUUGCAUUAUCAUUAGCAACCACAAUAAAAAGAUAUCCAUCAUCAACUCCAAAACCUUAUAAUGAAGAAUCAAAAACUUUCACAACCGGUAUAUGGUGUGUUCAUUUCGGGUUAGAUAAUGAUAUGUGGUCAUCAGAGACAAGAAUGUUGAACCUUAUACGCGAAGCAGAAGUUGAUAUCAUUGGUUUACUAGAAACUGAUACUCAAAGAUUAAUUGGUGGUGAUAGAGAUUUCACACAGAAAAUUGCAGAAGAAUUAGGAAUGUAUGUUGAUUAUGGACCAGGACCAAACAAACAUACUUGGGGAGCUGCAUUAUUAUCAAAAUUCCCUAUAAUCAAGUCAACUCAUCAUUUAUUGCCAUCACCAGUUGGAGAAUUAGCACCAGCUAUUCAUGCAACAUUAGAUAUUUAUGGAGAAAUGAUAGAUAUAAUAGUAUUUCAUUCAGGACAAGAAGAAGAUAUUGAAGAUCGUAGAUUACAAAGCUUGGGGAUUGAAGAAAUCAUGUCACAAUCUACAAAUCCAAUGGUUUUAAUUGGCUACUUGGUGACUGAUCCAUUAGUUGGUAAUUAUAAUAAUUAUGUAUCUGAAAAAUCAAGAAUGUUAGAUAUUGAUUCAAGUGACUGGGAUAGAUGGUGUGAAUAUAUUUUAUAUAGAGAUCUAAAGAAAAUUGCAUAUGCAAGAAUAUCAAGAAGUACAAUAACAGAUACUGAAUUACAAAUUGCAAAAUUCAAAUUAUUUGAAGAAAAUGAAUCAACAAUACAAGAUUAUACAAUUGUAGGUGAAGAUGAAGUUGAUGACAACUUAAAAAUGCCACAAUUAUUUAGAGGUGAUGGAGUUAGAGGUCAUAGAUAUCAUGUUUUUGAUGAACCUAGAUAUUUUUCCCAAAAUAUAUAA